AUGUCUGUUUGUGAAAGGAAGAUUUCAGAGUUGGAAAAGGAUAUUUCGGAGUUUGAUUAUUCGAAUAGGGAUAAUGAGUUUUCUCGGAUUUACACGAGGCUUCUACAUGUGUCCCGUCGUCUGCAACGCAUCCUUACUACCAACAAGGAUCAGGAAUGUACUGAAACGGAUUCAAUACGGUUGUGGUCUCAGGUGAUAGGCGAUUUAAACUUAGCGUUUGAAGGAAUCACUGUUAGUAGUCAUUCUGAAAGUCAGUCAACCCUGCCAAAUCAGGAUUCGCAUUCUCUAUUGGACGAAGCGAUUCCACAAGAGCAUGCAUCAGCUUCUUUCGUGGAGGAAAAUGUUUCGUAUGAUCUGAUUGAUUUGACAGAAGAGGGGGAGUGUAGUCACACUAAUGUUCGUGAUCGGCUCCAAGCCCAUCGAGAGGAGUCCACAGGUAUGUCCACCGGUCGUCGAACAAGGGUUACGAAUUCCAACCAGCCCGGCUCAUCCCGACAACCACACGAUGACCAAGAACAGUAUAGUGCUGGGCCAUCUAUUCCCUCAGAAAAUAGAAAUGUGAAUCAUGUGAGAUUCUCGGAGACUCGAUCAUCACCAGUCAAUCGGCCAUCAUCAUCACAAAACCCAAAUGCGCCUCCUUCGGGGGAUUAUCAACCUGCACGAAUCCCCGUGCUUCCACCUGCUUAUCUGCACCCUUCCUGCAUGAGAAAUCAUAGUACUUAUUGCUUGUCGACGCCCUACUCCUCACACAGCGCCGAGCCCCCUGUGACACCAAUUUGCCAGGAGCUUCGACGGUUUGAUUCACCAGCCUCGAUACGAGAACCGCACGAACAUCGAGAUAUACAAGAACUCCCCAAUGGACCUACAACCACUACUACUACUACAGUUGAAGUACAAAUACAUAGUGUAGUGCUAAAAGUGAAGCACGUAUUUCCGAACGAUGAAAUCAAACUACAACUGAUGCAACCCAUCAAAAAUGAUACACCUAUACUGAUUCCAUUCAGGAAAUGGGACCUCAGCCAAUUGCCUGCUCUUACAAACGGCGCAAAAAGUGAAAUUUGGGCAGUCAAAACGAGCGCUUCGGUGGAACGUCCUCGGUACGUUAUUGUGUGCUUCCAGAAAUCUAAACGUGACAAUGCAGAAGCUGAUGCUACCCACUUUGAUAACACGAGCAUAGUUAGUAUCAGAUUAGCCCUUAAUGGUGAAUAUUGGCCUAAUGAGAGAAUGCAGCUGGAUUUCGCUAAACAAGACUACACCCUUGCUUACUACAACUAUACCAGGUUCUAUUCGAGCUAUUCACAUUCGACGGAGGUUCACCCAAUCUUGGAUUAUGGGGAAUUCAAACAGCAUGCAUUAUUUGUGAUUGAUUGCUCGAGGCAGGAAGAGACCAUGAAAUCAUCGACAGUUGAUAUAAAGCUUGAAAUCGAAGCCGAUAAAGGAUUCCCUGCUGACACCAAAGCCUAUUGCAUCAUCGUACAUGACUGUCUGCUAGAGUACUUCCCUCUAACGGAAGUCGUCAGAACCUUGAUUUGA